AUGCCUGGGAAGGGAGGCUGGGGCUGGUGGUGGGCCCGGCUGCCCCUCUGCCUGCUCCUUAGCCUUUAUGGCCCCUGGGUGCCUUCAUCCCUAGGGAAGCCCAAGGGUCAUCCCCACAUGAACUCUAUCCGCAUUGACGGGGAUAUCACGCUGGGAGGCCUGUUUCCUGUCCAUGGCCGCGGCUCAGAGGGUAAAGCCUGUGGAGAGCUGAAGAAGGAGAAGGGUAUUCACCGGCUGGAGGCCAUGCUCUUCGCUCUGGAUCGCAUCAACAAUGACCCGGACCUACUGCCCAACAUCACCCUGGGCGCCCGCAUUCUGGACACCUGCUCCAGGGACACCCAUGCCCUCGAGCAGUCACUGACCUUUGUACAGGCGCUCAUCGAGAAGGACGGCACGGAGGUCCGCUGUGGCAGCGGCGGCCCGCCCAUCAUCACCAAGCCUGAACGAGUGGUGGGUGUCAUCGGAGCUUCAGGGAGCUCGGUCUCAAUCAUGGUGGCCAACAUCCUCCGCCUCUUCAAGAUCCCUCAGAUCAGCUACGCCUCCACAGCCCCUGACUUGAGUGACAACAGCCGCUACGACUUCUUCUCCCGUGUGGUGCCCUCGGACACAUACCAGGCCCAGGCCAUGGUGGAUAUCAUCCGGGCUCUCAAGUGGAACUACGUGUCCACGCUGGCCUCGGAGGGAAGCUACGGCGAGAGCGGCGUGGAGGCCUUUAUCCAGAAGUCCCGAGAGAACGGAGGUGUGUGUAUUGCCCAGUCGGUGAAGAUUCCUCGGGAGCCCAAGACCGGGGAGUUUGACAAGAUCAUCAAACGCCUACUGGAAACAUCCAAUGCCAGGGCCAUCAUCAUCUUUGCCAAUGAGGAUGACAUCAGGAGGGUUCUGGAGGCGGCACGCAGGGCCAACCAGACGGGCCACUUCUUCUGGAUGGGCUCAGACAGCUGGGGCUCCAAGAGUGCUCCCGUGCUGCGCCUGGAGGAGGUGGCUGCGGGUGCCGUCACCAUCCUCCCCAAGAGGAUGUCUGUCCGAGGGUUCGACCGAUACUUCUCCAGCCGCACGCUGGACAACAACAGGCGCAACAUCUGGUUUGCCGAGUUCUGGGAGGACAACUUCCACUGCAAGCUGAGCCGCCAUGCGCUCAAGAAGGGAAGCCACAUCAAGAAGUGCACCAACCGAGAGCGCAUCGGGCAAGACUCGGCCUAUGAACAGGAGGGGAAGGUGCAAUUUGUCAUUGACGCUGUGUAUGCCAUGGGCCACGCGCUGCACGCCAUGCAUCGUGACCUGUGUCCUGGCCGUGUAGGACUCUGCCCUCGCAUGGACCCUGUGGAUGGUACCCAGCUGCUUAAGUACAUCCGAAACGUCAACUUCUCAGGUAUUGCAGGGAACCCUGUAACCUUCAAUGAGAAUGGAGACGCACCAGGGCGUUAUGACAUCUACCAGUACCAACUGCGCAAUGGCUCGGCUGAGUACAAAGUCAUCGGCUCCUGGACUGACCACCUGCACCUCAGAAUAGAGCGGAUGCAGUGGCCGGGGAGUGGCCAGCAGCUGCCGCGCUCCAUCUGCAGUCUGCCCUGCCAGCCCGGCGAGCGGAAGAAGACGGUGAAGGGCAUGGCUUGCUGUUGGCAUUGUGAGCCCUGUACGGGGUACCAGUACCAGGUGGACCGCUACACCUGCAAAACCUGCCCCUACGACAUGCGGCCCACAGAGAACCGCACGGGCUGCCAGCCCAUUCCCAUCAUCAAGCUGGAGUGGGACUCGCCCUGGGCUGUGCUGCCUCUCUUCCUGGCCGUGGUGGGCAUUGCCGCCACAUUGUUUGUGGUGGCCACUUUUGUGCGCUACAAUGAUACUCCUAUCGUCAAGGCCUCGGGCCGGGAGCUGAGCUACGUGCUGCUGGCGGGCAUCUUUCUGUGCUACGCCACUACCUUCCUCAUGAUUGCAGAGCCAGACCUGGGGACCUGUUCACUCCGCCGUAUCUUCCUGGGGCUCGGCAUGAGCAUCAGCUACGCAGCCCUGCUCACCAAGACCAACCGCAUCUACCGCAUCUUCGAACAGGGCAAGCGGUCGGUCAGUGCUCCACGCUUCAUCAGCCCAGCCUCACAGCUGGCCAUCACCUUCAGCCUCAUCUCCCUGCAGCUGCUUGGCAUCUGUGUGUGGUUUGUGGUGGACCCCUCCCACUCAGUGGUGGACUUCCAGGACCAACGGACACUUGACCCCCGCCUUGCCAGGGGUGUGCUCAAAUGUGACAUCUCUGACCUGUCACUCAUCUGCCUGCUGGGCUACAGCAUGCUGCUGAUGGUCACGUGUACUGUGUAUGCCAUCAAGACUCGAGGUGUGCCUGAGACCUUCAACGAGGCCAAGCCCAUCGGCUUCACCAUGUACACCACCUGUAUCGUCUGGCUGGCCUUCAUCCCCAUCUUCUUUGGCACCUCACAGUCGGCCGACAAGCUGUACAUCCAGACAACCACACUGACGGUCUCCGUGAGUCUGAGUGCCUCUGUGUCCCUGGGAAUGCUCUACAUGCCGAAAGUCUACAUCAUCCUCUGCCACCCGGAGCAGAAUGUGCCCAAGCGCAAGCGCAGCCUGAAAGCCGUGGCCACCGCGGCCACCAUGUCCAACAAGUUCACGCAGAAGGGCAACUUCAGGCCCAACGGGGAAGCCAAGUCAGAGCUGUGUGAGAACCUGGAGGUCCCAGCACUGGCGACCAAACAGACCUAUGUCACCUACACCAACCAUGCCAUCUAG